GUAAAACACUCAGAAAUCUAUUUGAUGGCGCAGACAACUGUAAAUAUUAGAAAUUAUUUGAAGCUUAGUUGGAGCUAUGGCUUAUUUUUGUAGACAAGCUGAAGGGUUUGACAUAAGAGAAAGCCUUAAAAUUGUAGAUGCUGAAAUAGUAGAUAAAUAUGUGGUUUAUGUAAUUCUGAUAAAAUCCGGUCGCCACUCAUGGACUGUCCGGAGGAGAUAUAGCGAAUUCCACAAAUUACAUGAUGGACUCGGCUCAAUUCUGCCCCAUAGUGCUAAACUUCCUCCAAAGAGAUUAGUAGGUAAUCUAUCAGAUUCGGUGAUUAGCGAAAGAAAGUUGCUGCUGGAGAACUACUUACACACGCUUCUUUUACAUUUAGAAGAUAUUCCGAAAGACCUUAGUAACUUUUUAUCUUUCGAUCGAUAUGAAAUUGAAGGUGUUACAAAAAAAGCAUCGGAACAAAUGUUUGAUCUGGCUGAACAAAUGCUAAGCUCUAACCAACCGUGGCAGAUUUGCCCUCUCUUAUUGCAUUCCGUCUCGAGCAGGAGGCGGCUACCAGCUCCAAAAUCCUUUGACAAGAGAUCAGAUAUGGGUCAUUUGAUGGAUUUUGCAAGUCAAGUGAAAAAAGUGCGAAUAUUGGGCGGUUUGACUCCCAUUGGUAAAACACUAGAAUUAGAUACUGUAAAAGGCAGAAUUUCUGGUGUAGAGGUAAUUAAACAAUCUCUUGAAAGUGUAAUUUGUAGACGUACAAUUUCACAUCUCUCUGAUAUAUUUAUUGCUGAUGCAACUAACAAAAGCAUUUGGAACAAAUUGACAAGGUCGGAUUUAAGCUAUAAUGGAUUAACUAGAAUUGACGAGUCCACAAGUCUCUUACUAUCUUUGCAAAAACUAAAUCUGUCACACAACAGAUUGACUUCGAUAGAUAAUCUUCAUCACCUGAGCGCCCUUGACGAACUCAAUCUUUCCCAUAAUCAAAUUGCCGAUCUGCCAUCAGAUAUGAGAGCUAAAAUUGGUAACGUUACAGUUCUUAAUUUAGCGACUACAGGAUUAAGGUGUUUGGCACCUUUGGCAAAGCUCUUUUCACUGAAGGACUUGAACGUUAGUGAUAACUUAGUUGCAAGAGUAGAUGAUGUUCGUCCCAUUGCUGGGCUUCCUUGUCUUGAGAAGUUACAAUUAAAGCGAAAUCCCCUCACUGCUGAACUUGAUUACCGCUUCCGCCUCUUGGAAUUACUUAGUCCAAGAGAAAGAGAAGUUCAAGUCGAUGGAAUUUUUCCGACUGUACAAGAGAUUGAUACAGUUGCAGUAAGAUUGGCAAUGACGAAAGCAAAAAUUGCUAGACAAAGUAGUGAGAUAAAUUUAGUACAGAAAGAGAGGGGUAUUCCUGAUGGAGCUGAUGCCUCCAUUCCUCGUAACUUGCCUGAUGUUUCGAAUUCAAAUUUUGUGGAGCUACUUUUAACUCGCAUACCGAACCCAAUUGCUGGAGAGAGUCUCGUGUCAGUAAUCUGGACUCCUAUUGUACUUCCAACGGCUCCACUGGAUACUCUUCCGGCAGUGAUUGCAGUUAGUACUCAUUCCUUGCACAUUCUUCGGGCAAGAGGCUCUCCCGGUCCAUUAUGUCAUGUUGAACAUUUACUGCACAUUCCUUUAACAAAAGUUUCAAUUACUUAUCGUCACAAAGUGUGGGUUAGAUUCGAAGAUAAUGGAAUACCAACAUCAGUAGCAUUUCGAAUGAUAGAAGACUUAAUUACAACUGUUCAGGCAGUAAAUAGAGAAUACACGAAUUCAGAUGUUAAUUUACAUAUUAGGUUUGUAUCAUACCGUGAUAGAAGGGAUUUUUAUCUAGCUUUAGCAAAUGCUGAAAAGACCUCAAACGUGUAUGAAAUGGUCGAUGACAAAGAAAGCGAUGAAAGUGAGGAAGAAGAGAGUAAUAGCGAUAUUGAAGGUAAUGACAUAGAAUCAGCUGGAAAGAGGCAAAUAUCUCCAGUCGGUGGCUUUCAAUUUAACUCUGUAGAUGUUAACAACACUUCAAACAAUACUCAAAAGGAUUAUAAUGAGAGCGAGGAAGGAGCGACAUGCCCCUUGCAGGCCAAUGAAGACACUUCUGUAGAAGAAAACACUAUGUCAUCUAACUUAAUCGUUCUGGAUGAUGAUAAAGACGUCGAGUCAAUAGAACAUUCAAAUUCUACUAGUUCAGAAGAAUUCUCUAUAUAUGAUCAAUAUAAUAAUUAA